AUGCAGCCCAAGGCAUUCGCUACUCUUUUCCUUCUUCUCGCUCCGGCUCUGGCCAUGCCCCAAGCUACAUCCCUUGCGUACUCUGAGUCUUCCAGCUCCUCCGACUCUUCGGACAAUUCAGACACUUUGGACAGCAUCUCUGUCCCCUCAAUCCCCAGCGAUUACAUAAGUGUCCUAGAAACCGCUGUCCCACCUUCUUGGGAAUAUGAUAUGACGAACCCUGCCUCCGCAGCUGCGGUCAUAAGCGCCGCUGCAGCUGGUACCUACCCAGCUUGGUACAAUGACCUGCCCCAUCGGGUUGCUUAA